CACAAGUUUCCCUAAAACGCUCGGCCAGAGAGAUUGCACAGGUGAAAUAGUGGGAAAGUGAUCAAUAUACCGACGGCAUGGAGUGCGGACGGUCGUAGGAGCCUCUGGACGAGAAAAUCGAGCGUCGGAAAAAAAAACACUGUGUGUGCCUACUGUGCUAUAGCAAUGUACUGUGCCGCUUGUUCGCUCUCACACCCCGAUCUAGAGGCCUUGGGAUAGCAACAUGCACACAUUUCUAAGGAGGUGUGCCCGAUUCGAGAUUGUUGUUAACCCGGCCGUCUUGAUUUCCGCGUGUACGGAUGGUUUUUCACGACGUUUGCGGACAUUUUACAUUCAUUUAUCGGUUCUGCGUAUGGGAUUUAUUUAAAAUAUGAAAUAAUGUACUGGCCACAAUGGAUCGGCGCGGCAAUAGUUUUCCACGUGUGUUUGAGCGUGUCACCACCCCCGACCGACGAUAACAAUGUUUUGCACAUCGGCGGUAUCUUCCCCAUCAAUGGCAAGGGCGGCUGGCAGGGCGGACAGGCGUGCAUGCCCGCCGCCAAUUUGGCCCUGGAGGACGUCAACAGGAGGAAGGAUCUCCUGCCGGGGUAUUCGCUCAAGCUGCACAGCAACGACAGCGAGUGCGAACCCGGUUUGGCUGCCAGCGUCAUGUAUAAUCUGCUUUACAACAAGCCCCAGAAGCUGAUGUUACUUGCCGGAUGUAGCACUGUGUGUACCACCGUGGCUGAGGCGGCCAAAAUGUGGAACUUGGUAGUGUUGUGUUACGGCGCGAGUUCGCCGGCCCUUUCCGACCGAAACCGCUUUCCUACCCUCUUUCGCACGCAUCCAUCGGCAACGGUCCACAAUCCUACGAGGAUCAAGCUGAUGAAAAAAUUCGGAUGGUCGAGGGUGGCGAUCUUGCAGCAAGCCGAAGAAGUGUUUAUUUCGACGGUGGAGGAUUUGGAGACGAGAUGCAUGGAGGCUAAUAUCGAGAUUGUGACGAGACAGUCGUUUUUGAGUGAUCCGACGGACGCGGUGAAGAAUCUCAAGAGACAGGAUGCGAGGGUAAUCGUUGGUUUGUUCUACGUGGUGGCGGCGAGGAGGGUGCUUUGUGAGCUGUAUAAGCAGAAGCUGUAUGGGAAGUCGUAUACUUGGUUUUUUAUCGGUUGGUACGAGGAUAAUUGGUUCGAGGUGAAUCUUGAAGAAGAGAACAUCGAAUGUAGUUUGGAGCAGAUGAGAGAAGCAGCAGAGGGUCAUCUCACCACGGAAGCGCUUAUGUGGAAUCAGAAUCUCAACGAAAGGACCAUCUCGGGGAUGACCUCGGAGGACUUCCGGUUGCGACUGAAUCAAGUUUUGCGGAAAGAAGGAUACAAGAUCGAUAACCAACGCUAUCCUGAAGGAUAUCAGGAAGCUCCUUUGGCCUACGACGCUGUCUGGUCGGUCGCAUUAGCGUUUAAUAAAACCAUGGAUCGUCUGCACAAAUAUGGCAAAAGCUUGAAGGAAUUUAAUUACAACAAUAAGGAAAUUGCUGACGACAUUUAUUCAGCCAUCAACUCAACUCAAUUCUUAGGAAUCUCCGGUUACGUAGCCUUCAGUUCACAGGGAGACCGGAUCGCCCUUACUCAAAUAGAACAAGUUAUAAAUGGUAACUAUGUGGUACUGGGCUAUUACGACACACAAGCAGAUAACCUGUCUUGGUUCGAUCGGGAGGUUUGGCAUGGUGGAAAAGUGCCUCAAGACAGAACAAUCAUACGAACUGUAUUACGGACUGUUACCUUGCCACUUUUUAUUUGCAUGUGUGUUAUUUCGAGUGCGGGUAUAGUCAUUGCGAUCGGUUUGGUCGUUUUCAAUAUUUGGAAUAACCAUAGAAGAGUAAUCCAGUCUUCGCAUCCAGUAUGCAAUACAAUAAUGCUUUUCGGAAUUGUAGUAUGCUUAACGGCCGUUUUCCUCCUCGGUUUAGAUGGUAGAUUCGUAUCCCCAGGUGCCUAUCCCGCCAUUUGUCAAACAAGAGCGUGGCUCUUAUCCACGGGAUUCACGCUUUCGUUCGGCGCCAUGUUUAGUAAAGUAUGGAGAGUGCAUAGACUCACCACCAAAGCCAAAAGUGAUCCCAAAGUCAGAACGAAAAAGGUUGAGCCGUGGAAGUUGUAUUCGAUGGUCUCCGGCCUACUGGUGGUAGAUUUUGUGAUAAUGGUAGCUUGGCAACUCCACGAUCCUCUGCAAAGACGCAUCGAGCAAUUUCCCUUGGAAGACCCUGAGUCAUCAAGUGAUGAUUCAAAGAUAAGACCCGAGUUGGAACACUGCGAAAGUCACCAUAACAAUGUUUGGUUGUCUGUUAUCUACGCUUAUAAGGGCUUGGUUUUGAUAUUUGGGUUAUUCCUCGCAUAUGAGACACGGUCUGUGAAAGUGAAGCAGAUAAACGAUUCUAGAUACGUUGGGAUGAGUAUAUACAAUGUGGUGAUACUUUGUUUGAUAACUGCACCGGUGACUAUGGUCAUAGGGAGUCAGCAAGACGCUAGUUUUGCCUUUGUUGCUCUCGCCAUAGUAUUUUGUUGUUUUCUCAGUAUGGCGCUUAUUUUCGUGCCUAAGGUGAUUGAAGUAAUCCGACACCCAAAGGAUAAGGCUGAAAGCAAGUACAAUCCAGACGCUGGAAUUUCGAAAGAAGAUGAAGAGCGUUACCAGAAACUUUUGAAUGAGAAUGAAGACUUGCAACGACUCAUUUCUCAGAAGGAGGAGAAGAUUAAACUGUUGAAAGAGAAAUUGGCGGAAAAAGAGGCCAAGAGUGGUGUGACGCCUUCGACGUUGACCCAAGGUAAGGAGACGCUUAUCGUGGCGGACUUCAUUACAGACGCCGGCACCUCCGAUUCCGCCUUCGGGGGUGGUCUUUCAAUAUAUACGCGAUCGUCGAGGUGCAGUCAAUCAGAUAUCGAAUUUAGUGAAAGUUAUCUAUGAGACAAGAAUUAAAAUCAUAAAAUGCACAAAUAAAUUAUUAUUAUAGAUGAUAAUGUGCCUACCUCGUUAACCAUUUUCUGUUAAAUAAUAUUGUUAAAAGGUAUGUUCACAUAAAGUAUAAUUAGACUAAAAAUAAAUAAAAAAGUUAACUUUGCUUUUUGCUUAAUUUUUUUUGUUUUUUAACAAGCGGAACAUUUUGUCAACUGAUCAAAAGACUAAACUUAAAUUAAAAUAAAUGAAAAUAUUUUUACAAAUUUAGAAUAACAGAUUUGUUGCAAUUGUGACAAUAAUUCUGGCAUUCAAUUAAACUUAUUGAUUUUGCUCCAACUCCUCUAACAAAUUAAAUUAAAUCAAUUUGAUUAAAAUCUGUCGUAGACAAUCUUAUGCUAACUACAAAAAUAUCAACAUUUAUAAUCAUCAACGCACAUUAGGCCCUUAUAACCCAGUCAAUUAUCUACCUGCAUGGCACCCUUUUUGAAAAUCUAUACAUUCGUGUAACUCCACUUCUUUUUGUUCCGGUUAAAUGUCAAAAUAGGUCGAGGGCUCCGAAACUAAAUUCGUUUCUGAUUCGACUGCAUGCUUAGUUAAAUCGUAGUUCUAGUCAAGUAGUUCAAUCUCGUUAUAACAUAAAGAGUGAAAGAAAAAUGUCUUUUUCUCCCAAAAUACCUGAUUUUAUGUUGUAACGAGAUGUGUGGUAGUGUUUGCUGAGAAAUUUUGGGAGUGAGAUAUUUUUCUUUUUCGACAGAUACUAAAGACGAACGCAUUUAGUCUUCGAGUCACACUAAAGAAGAACUAAAGGUCAUAGGUAGGUAUACCAGAGAGGAUUUUAUCGAAAAAUACGCAAUCGAACCAGUUUUGGUUGUAGCAAACUGGUUCUAAAUUCGACAAAACCCUCUCUCAUAUUUAUUUUUUGAAUUAGGUAAUUAUUGUUAAGACAAUAUGAAAUUGUGUAAAAAGUGAUACACAAACUGUCAUGCGACAGGUUUUUUAAGUCAAUUCACACGAAUCUUUAGUCAGGGAUUUUCGUUUUGUGACUAGUGGACGAUUUAGUUCUCAUUUCUAGUUUUUGGUGUUUUUUCUUUGACUAUUCGUGCCGUAGUAACAAAGAUUGUGAGCUAAGAUUUCUUAGCAAAUUGUUACCUUAUAGUGAGAAAAAAAUCGCUCAAUGUGUUUUAGUGAUAAAUUUAGGGACUUUUCGUUUGACGCUGUUUUCAAUUUCAUUUUGUUGCUCAACAGAAACGUUCCAAGCAACUGCUUUUUGUAUUUAAAUGUUUUAGAUAAAAAAAAAUGAAUUACAUAAUAGGGCAUUUUUGGUACAGAGCUUUAUUAUGAUUGACACUUUAAUAAAUUCUAAAUGUUGUGAUAGAAAAGUUAGUGAUAAAAAUAAGACGCGGUGCUUGGAAAUAAUCUGUAAUAAAUCUACGCCUGACUUUUAUUGGGAUUUAUUUUUGUCAGGUUGGUCACGACGGUGGCACCAACCUUACAAAAGUCUAGGGUGUAGACUAAUGUUGGUUAUUUUAAUUUUGUAGUCAUUCGAAAUCCAGGACCGUACUGGUUUUGUGUUAGUGAAUGGGAUAAUAAUUUCGUAGAGUUAGAAUUUUUGUAGUUUAAUGUUAUAACGAGAUGGACAUUUUUCAUUUGAUUAUUUUAGUGAAAAUAUUCUAAAGAGGUUGUACUGAUAACAAACAAUGAAUACAUGUUUUUUGCAAUUCUUAAAUGUUAUUGGCACGUUGCAGCGUUUGCAACAUAUCAAGUUUUGGUUUACCCAACGCUGGAAUUGCCAAAUUCUGUUCCCGGAGCUCUGAUUUAAUUUUUAGCAAUAGUUGAAUUGUUAUGCCAUAAUAGCUGUAACCCUAAAUUUAAUGUCUAGCAAUAUUAUUACGUGUUAGUUGUUAAAAAAUGCUCUAAGUAUGUUAUUUGCUACUUGAUUUUAUUACACGUUAUCUUGGUUUUGUUUCCAACGAUGAGAAAAUUAAAAUCGUUAAAGCAACUUCCAUUUUCACGUUCUAGUCUAUAGGAUACACUCUACACAAAAUACAAUAAUGUUUCUCAUUUGAAAGUUGUUUUAAUGAAGUUUAUUAAACGCACGAUUGUUGCAAUCGUACGUUAGUGAGACGAAGAAAUGAAGAUACGAAGAAAAGGGAAGAAAUAUGAUUGUAAAGAAACGGUCAUACCCCAUUACGGCUCAAAAUGAGGUAUGACUGGACUUAGUAUAUAAGUACACUUUAUGUUAGUUAAAUGACAAACUGUUUAUUGAUACUAUUAUGUAAGUACAUAAGAUGAAUAAGUAUUGAAUAGUACUAUACAUUGCAGUUUUACUGUCAAAAUAUGUGUUCAAAAACCCAAUCAGCUACCUAAUCUUAUGUCAAAUUAAAA